AUGGCGAUGACUGAACAAACACCAUGUUUUCCAAUGAGCAACCACACAAAAGAGCGUGUCACCAUGACGAAGAUGACGUUGGAAAACUUCUACAGUAACCUCAUUGCACAGCAUGAGGAGAGAGAACUAAGACAGAAGAGGCUGGAAAAAGUGAUGGAGGAGGAAGGCCUUCGGGAUGAAGAGAAAAAGAUGAGAAGAUCAGCACAUGCUCGAAAAGAAACAGAAUUUCUUCGACUGAAAAGGACGCGGUUGGGGUUAGAGGACUUUGAAUCUUUGAAAGUAAUUGGAAGAGGAGCUUUUGGAGAGGUUCGGCUAGUUCAAAAGAAAGACACUGGCCAUGUAUAUGCAAUGAAAAUUUUGCGGAAGGCAGACAUGCUGGAGAAAGAACAGGUUGGACACAUUCGUGCAGAAAGAGAUAUUUUGGUAGAAGCAGACAGUCUAUGGGUGGUAAAAAUGUUUUAUAGCUUUCAAGACAAACUGAACCUUUACCUGAUCAUGGAGUUCUUACCUGGAGGUGAUAUGAUGACCUUGCUGAUGAAAAAAGAUACUUUGACCGAAGAGGAAACCCAAUUUUAUAUUGCUGAAACUGUACUUGCAAUUGAUUCAAUCCACCAGCUUGGUUUCAUACAUAGGGAUAUUAAGCCAGAUAACCUCUUACUUGAUAGCAAGGGACAUGUAAAAUUGUCAGACUUUGGAUUAUGUACAGGACUUAAGAAGGCCCAUCGGACAGAUUUUUACAGAAAUCUGAACCACAGCCUGCCAAAUGACUUUAAUUUUCAAAAUAUGAAUUCAAAGAGAAAAGCAGAGACAUGGAAGAGAACUAGACGACAAUUGGCAUUCUCUACUGUGGGUACUCCAGAUUAUAUAGCACCAGAAGUAUUCUUGCAAACUGGCUAUAAUAAAUUGUGUGAUUGGUGGUCACUAGGAGUCAUAAUGUAUGAGAUGUUGAUCGGAUAUCCUCCGUUUUGCUCUGAGACUCCCCAAGAGACCUAUAAGAAAGUUAUGAACUGGAAAGAGACUCUUACAUUUCCUCCAGAGGUUCCCAUAUCAGAAAAAGCAAAGGACCUCAUCUUACGUUUCUGCUGUGAGUCAGAGCAACGAAUUGGUGCUUCUGGUGUAGAAGAGAUCAAAUCUAACCUUUUCUUUGAAGGUGUUGACUGGGAACACAUUAGGGAGAGACCUGCUGCUAUUCCUAUCGAAAUAAAAAGUAUUGAUGACACUUCAAAUUUUGAUGAAUUUCCAGAUUCAGAUAUUCUUAAACCAAUGGGUGCAAGCAACCAUCCUGAGUCCGACUUCAAGAACAAGGAUUGGGUCUUCAUUAACUACACAUACAAGCGCUUUGAAGGACUAACGGCUAGAGGGGCACUUCCAACCUUUAUCAGACCACGGAAAUAA